AACCCCAGUCUCUUAGGCUCCAAGACUACAGUCAGUCGUGGGAAAGGAUUGCGCCAACCACUCAACCCCAGAGAAAACCUGAAGCGUGUUAAUCUGCAAAACCCAAGCCUGGGAGAGGGGCUUCAGUGCGCGGGGUAAUUUGCAGACGCUCCCUGCUGGCGGGGACCGCACGACCUGUCCUUCAGCCCGGGACCUUCAGCCCGUCCCGCCGCGGCGGACUGGAGCGGUAGUGGAAGCUGAGGUGGUAACGGCAGCAGGACCGGCUGCAGUGGCUCCUGCGGAGGCGGAAAGCCAUGUCCGAACCGCUCCCGCGGGCCGCCGAGCGCGACCUUUUCCGGGACACGUGGGUGCGGUAUCUAGGCUAUGCCAAUGAGGUGGGAGAGGCAUUCCGCUCCCUGGUGCCCACAGCUGUGGUGUGGCUGAGUUAUGGUGUGUCCAGCUCCUAUGUGCUGGCGGAUGCCAUUGACAAGGGCAAGAAGGCGGGAGCCGUACCGUGCCCUGAAGCAGGCCGCAGCACCAGGGUGACCAUGGCUGUGGUGGACACUUUCGUGUGGCAGGCUCUGGCCUCUGUGGCUAUCCCAGGCUUCACUAUCAACCGUGUGUGUGCUGCCUCUCUCUACAUCCUAGGCACCGCCACCCGCUGGCCUCUGUCUGUCCGCAAGUGGACCACCACUGCACUGGGGCUUCUGGUCAUCCCUGUCAUCAUCCACCCCAUUGACAGGUCAGUGGACUUCCUCCUGGACUCCAGCCUGCGCAAACUCUACCCCUCAGUGGAGAAGCCCAGCUCCUCCUGACCCCACCUGGGUCCCUGGCCUGUGGGUUGGCCCACUCCCUGCUCUGGUCCAGCUUCUUCCUCCUGCCAGGGGAUAUGGAUGCCUGGCUCCCUGGGGCCUGAGGCCCUGGCAUCUGGGCAUGUUUGAGCCAGAUGGAGACUGAGAGAUAAAGACCUCAAGGAGCAGCAGCUGCGGUGACUCACAGAAAGGGAGACCUGACCCCCAUCUGCUUCCAUGGAAUCUGUGAUACUGACGGCGAGCAGACCUGUCUUUUGAUAGGAAGGUAACCUCCCAUGGAGGAUAAGUAGACAGAAGCCCAGACAUGGCAAGGAAUAUAGAUAGCCAAGAUCGCUUAGCAAGCUGGGGACCCAGGAGUCCCGGUGGCUCGGCAAUGUGGCUGGACUGAAGAGCAGCAGACAUGCGGAGAAAUGCAGGGGGUGCCGUCGUGGGCACCCUGAGGACUGAUUCUCUAGCUGGCCCACCCCUAGUGCAGGACCUGCUCGGGCCUAGCUGGAAGGCAGGACAGCCCCUGGCCCAAUAAAUCCUCAAGAAAUUGA